AUGGGCCAACCAACAUUCCCAGCAGGCGCUUUCGACAACCGUGAUCAUGGGGUGCAGAACGUCAAUGUUAAUGGCAAAAACCAAUACAACAACAACUCUAACGGGACGCAGUAUAAUGAUUGCAUAGUCCAUAUAUCCACCAACCACAUGAGCCCCGAGCUUGAACAAAGAGAGGACCAAAAGAAGAUGGAUGAUGAUAUCCUUCGGUCGCUAGCAUUCCCUGAGAUGCUCAGUCGGCGCGAAGGUAUUCAAAGACGCCAUGGAAAUACUUGCCAAUGGAUUUUGGGACUUGAAGAGUACAAGUCCUGGAUGGACCGCUCUCAGGCUUUGUUGUGGAUCAAGGGCAAGCCAGGAGCGGGAAAAUCGACGCUGAUGGAGUUUCUAUACAGCGAGCUUAAGGAACCGCAAGGCAAGGAUCACGGUAUUCAACUCGAAUUUUUCUUUACCGCUCGUGGCAUCGAGCUGCAACGCACACCCUUAGGGAUGCUUAGAUCGUUGCUCAACCAACUCUUUUUCUGUGAUGUGACCGUGCGUCCUUUGGUGCGUGCAGCAUACCAAGAGCGAUACGAAAAGUUUGGGGGUGGUGAACGCAAUUUGGAAUGGCCUCAGAAGCUACUGGAGGAGUUACUGGAAAAGGCAAUCCUGAUGUCGGCGACUCAUCAGCGUUUGACUAUUUUCGUGGAUGCUCUGGAUGAGACCGGCGAGAUUUCUGCUCAGCAGUUGGCUGAUUAUCUCCACCAGCUUAAUCAUUCUGCGAAUUUCUCCCAGGUUACUCUGAAAAUAUGCUUCUCGUGCCGACACUAUCCAAUCGUGGAUAUUGACCAAGCGAUUGAGAUUACGGUCGAGCAUCAUAAUUUUGAGGACAUUGCUUCAUACAUCAAGGACAAACUUCCACGUCGAGUUCGUGACCAAGAGGUUUGGCAGAGCCUAGGAAAUGAAUUGAUCAAGCAGGCAAAUGGAGUGUUUCAAUGGGUCCAUAUCGUCAUGCCUGCGUUCCACCAGAGGAUUCUCCGUCGACACUCGGCUGAAGAUAUCCGCAAAUGGUCACGUACGGUCCCAAGCGAGCUUGAAGAAAUGUAUCGGUUCAUACUAGAGGAGGUCAUGCAAAUCGAGAAUCCGCAGGAGGUGUUCUUGUUCUUUCAGUGGUUGUCCGCAUCCGAGCGACCCCUCAGCAUAACAGAAAUGCGAUACGCCCUGACAACCAAAAAUGCCACAAUACCAUCAUCUCAGCCAUGGGAGCAGAUAGAUGGAUUUAUCGAAUCCGACGAGGACAUGGAGUUCAAGAUCAAAGCGCUUUCUGGUGGACUGGCCGAAAUAGGCUUCUACCGCCACAAUACUGUCAUACAGGUAGUCCACCAAACAGUCGAUGAUUUUUUACGUGACAAGGGGCUCCUUCGCUUAAAGUCACUUGUCGACAAAAGUAAGUCAGACAUCGACAACAAAGAGAUGAUACUUCAAUGCCAUGCAACGAUCUACCAAUCAUGUUUGAUCUACCUUUACAGAGAGGUGUCACCGCGCUGUCGCGGCAGAGAAGGCACACCUCUCUAUCUUGAGCAAGUUAAGUCACCAGACGGGUUCGCUCUUCUUGUGCGUGAGAAAACUCAGUUGGUUUCGAAACGGCCAUUUCUGGAAUAUACAACCUUGAACCUCUUUGUGCAUGCAGAAAGAGCCGGAUGUUCUCGUACGACCGUCAAUCUUCUCAGUCAUGCAGAAAUGUACAAAUGCUCUCAUUUAAAUGCGAUACAAGAUGAAGUGAAAUUACUGAGGGAGUUUCUUGGUCAAUGGCUCAAUAUCCACAUGGGUUUGAGAGGAACCUGGGAUGAGGCUUACCGACCCGGAACAACACUGUUACAUAUGGCAGCAGCUGCCAAUAUGGUUGAUAUUAUGGAUUUUCUGAUUCAAAACAACGAGAAAAUUGACCAGACAGACGAUGAAGGACAGUCGGCUUUUGAUUUAGCAGUGAGACACGGUCAUACAAAAGUGGCUCAGAUGCUCAAGGAGAGGGGGGCAGAAUGUGACAGAAAGAGUACUCUGGGAAGGACGCCGCUAGAGGAAGCAGCGCGACGUGGACACAUAAAAAUGAUCGAAUGGCUUUUAAACAACGAAGUUACCAUUGAUGCAAGAUCAAAAAAGGCCGGGAGUGCGCUGCAAGCCGCUUCAUUAAGUGGCCAGAGAGAUGUAGUGGAUUUGCUGAUUCGAGCCGGUGCCGAUGUCAAUACUCAGGGUGGUAAAUAUGGGAACGCCCUACAGGCUGCUGCAUCGGUGUGGAACGACGAGGCGGUGCGACUGCUACUCGACACUGGGGCUGAUGUCAACACCCAGGGUGGUGAAUACGGCAAUGCUCUACAGGCCGCCGCAUCAACGAGAGGCGCUAAAAUGGUACAGCUGCUACUCAACGCUGGGGCCAAUGUCAAUACCCAGGGCGGUAGAUACGGCAACGCUCUACAGGCUGCUGCGUGGGCAGGGGGCACCGAGGUGGUGAGGUUGCUACUUGACGCCGGAGCCGAGAUAAAUACCCAGGGUGGUAGAUAUGGCAGCGCCAUACAGGCCGCUGCAGGGAUGGAGAGAGCCGAGGUGGUACAGCUGCUACUUGACGCCGGGGCCGAUGUAAAUAACCCGGGUGGUGAAUAUGGCAGCGCCCUACAGGCUGCUGCAUCAACGGGGUACGCUGAAAUAGUGCGACUGCUACUCGAUGCUGGAGCCGAUGUCAAUGCCAAGGGUGGUAUAUACAGCAGCACCCUACAUGCCGCUGCAUCAAAGGGGGACGCCGGGCUAGUGAAGCUACUACUCGAUGCCGGGGCCAGAUUCAAUACCCCGGGUGGUGAAUACAGAAACGCCCUACAGGCCGCUGCAUCAAAAGGGGACGCCGAGAUGGUGCGGAUACUACUCAACGCCGGGGAGCUGAUAGACGCCCCUCAAAAGAAGCAGCCUAUGGUUAUGAGAAAACGGUUUCCUCAACUGAUUUUUCGUGGGUCGAUGAAUGACUGA